AUGGAAACACCACAGCAGACGAGUGGGUUGGAGACACGGCCAUGGACCAAAGAAGAAGACCAGAAGCUCUUUGAAUGUAAAAGCAAAAAUCGCCAUCUAUCUUGGCCAGAAAUCGCAAUGCUGACAGAGCUAGAGAGGAGUCGUAAGAGAUGUAGGGAAAGAAAUCCCGAUCUACAUCGCCCAGAUAUCCCAACGCUGGCAGGGCUGAGCAGGAGUGGUAAGAGUUGUACGGAGAGGUGGAAUAACCAUCUGGAUCCUAACGUCAAGAGAGAGAACUUCUCCCAAGAGGAAGACGACGCCAUCAUCUGCUUCCAGUCGCUCUAUGGGAAUAGCUGGGAGAGUAUAGCAGCUCAUCUUCCAGGGCGAACCGAUAAUGAUGUGAAGAACCGCUGGUACAACCAUUUGAAGAAGAAGAAGAUUGGGAAAAUCUCACAAGAAAUCGCCAACUCUUGGUCUACUUCUGAAUUAGUCUACCCAGAAUUUGCAGGGGAUCAUCUUAUGAGUGAUGAUGAGAUUAUCCAUCACUCUUUCGGGGGAGAUUACUUUUGA